AUGGACGAAGACGGCUCGUUGCUUGAGGCUGUCGGGAUCACCAAGGAGCAGCCACUUCAGGAGAGGCUCCACGGAUUAAUCAACAAAGCUCCGGUCAUGCUCUUCAUGAAGGGCACACCAGACGAGCCCCGCUGCGGAUUUUCCAGAAAAGUUGUCAGCCUUCUUGCUGAGAACAACGUCCAGUACCUUGGAAGCAUUCCAUCAGAAAUGCUUUGUGCUGGAGCUUGCAGGCAUUUCAGAGUGCAAUCUUGUAAUUUUCCAUAUUGUGCAUAUGUUUAA